CCUUUGCAGGGAUAGAUCGCCCCCAGACGGCGAGGCGGGAUUAGCGCAGGUCUGUCUCGAGGCGUCAGAGCGACGCUUUCUGGCAGUCGGUGUCGUUACCUCGCGGCUGGUAUCUUGUUUCCGCCCUGGUGGUCAGUGAGGGGCACAGAUGCCCGGCCGAGCCAGUUCUCGCCCAACCACCGUUCCUGGCACUCGUCCUCGUCCGGGCGCCGUCCGCCAUCCUUGUUCUUCGUUCUCCGGCGCCCUGAGCAGUCCCUCCUCCGAACUCUGCUCUUCAGGGCUUCCUCACCGCCUCCCGAAGUGCCGUCAGCAGGAGCGCCGGUUCUCGCCGAGGUUCGAGUUCGCCUCCCGACUUUGGCUCCUUUUCGUCGAUUCCGCGACGCCUGACCUUCUCGGCCGACGAAGCCCGCGCCGGACUGCACCUUCGCACUCCGGGGAAGAGCCGACGACGCCGCCAUGCUAAACAGCGACGCUAAUGCAACGGAGGAGGGGGGGGACAGCCCCACAAGUACUCCACUCUCUGCCCCCCUUCCCGCCGCCCUCCCCACGCCCAUUUCCACCUCCCUCCCGACGCCUCCGCUCCCCACCCCUCUCCCCACCCCUCUCCCCACAUCCCUCCCGACUCCUCUGCAACAUGCCGAUGCUGUGUCCCUGGCGCACCUGCACAUCCUCAACGCCUACAGCAGGUGGACGACGCCGACCCCGACCGUGCCAGAGGAGGAGUACCGCGUCCGCUGGGAGGGCCACGGCAACCACCUGGCACAGCACCUGGCACGCCUCGAGCAGGACCCCGCCUCCGCCGAUGCCACGCUGGCCACCAAGGGCGCCUCCUUCCCCGCCCACAGGAUCGUCCUCGCCGCCGCCAGCUCCUUCUUCCGCUCCGUCCUGCAGAACGUACCAGUCGGCCAACAUCCGGUUGUGGUUGUUCGCGGCGCACAACCCCGCCACCUCCGCUACAUCCUCUCCUUCUGCUACACCGGCUGCGUCGACGUGCCCACUCAGGAGCUCCAGGAGGUGGUGAAGCUGGCGGAGGACCUGGAGAUCACCUCCCUGCGCGUGGACUGCUCCUCCGCGCCCUCUUCGCCGGCCGCCUCCCGCCUGCCAGCGUCGGCGUCGUACCGAUCGCGCUUCUUCCGGUCGGAGCCCAAGAGGUUCACCUUCACGCCCCCGGCCAGCUCGUCCUCGCCCCCGACGCCCACGCAGGUCGAAGGCUCUCCGGGGCCCAAGAGGUCGGCCGCCUCGCCCUCGCUCGCUGAGGAACAGGUGAGCAAGCGCUUCAAGGGCGAGCCGCUGCCGGCCGCCCUCGAGAGCGACCUGGCCGCCUUCCCCUCGCGGUGCACGCCCCCCGCCUCCGCCCCGCCCCAACCACGCCCCCAUGGCAGUCCCUUCUUCUCCGGCGACCCUCCGAGCCCGCCCCGGUCCGCGCCGCCCCUGGGGGAAGACCUGGCGCCGAGUGACCUCUCGCUCGACAAGGAGGGCGCCGGCGGGGUGAGCCUGGUGCCGCCCUCGCGUCUCCUGCACCCCACCACCUCGGCCUCGACCUCCAACCCGGCCUCUCCCAAGGGCGACCUCCCGGCAUCGCCCACCUUCCACGACAAGCGGCGCUUCACCUCCUCGCUCUCCAGGUCGUCACUGCUCGAGCCGCUCACGCCCUCCACGCCCUCCACGCCCACCACGCCCAACCUCCCCGCCCUCGGCACGGACUCCGUGGGCGGCACCAGCUCGGGCAGAAGCGGCGUGUCCCCCAGCCCCGGGUCACGCGUCCUCCUGUGGCGUUUCCUCCUUGACCUCCUUCACAACCCGCGCUACUCGCCCAUCUACAUCCGCUGGCUCGACCGCCCCGCCGGCAUCUUCAGAAUCAUGGAAUCUGACAUGGUGGCCCAGCUGUGGGGGAUGGCCAGGAAGAACAGUAAUAUGAACUAUGAGAAGAUGUCGAGAGGAAUGAGGACCUACUACAAGCGCGGGAUUUUGUUCCACAUCGACGGGACGAAACUGAUCUACAAGUUCAACACAAGUGAGCCUGAAAUUCAGCAGCGCAUGAGGUACUACGACCUCACUCAGACCUCGCAGAGUAACUCCGACUCGACGUCUGAACAGUCCAAUUCCAGUCUGUUGUCACCCAGCCUGUCGACGUUCCCGAGUCUGCAGUCCCUUCCAAACCUACCCACCCUACCAGUGGCCGUCACGUCAGCCGCCUCAUCCAUCGACAACCUCUACAGCCCUCUCCUUCGGGAUCAGCUGCACUCCAGCCUUCUCUACGAGCCCUACAUGUCCUUAUUCAGGGCCUCGCAAAGGGAACUCUUCUAGGGCUUAGAUCCUGGCCCUCAUCAGCCGAAGUUACCUGAAAUGAUAGUGCUAUGGUGUCGUCUGGGGGAGAUGCCUGGUGCUUUGAAAUGCCGGGUCCUCGCGUGGUUGAGACGUGGCGCUCGAGAUGAGUUUUGUAUGCCGCGGAAGACACUGGGAUAUAUUGUACUGUACUUGAGUAAUGCAGAGGGACACUCGAGGUGGUUGUAAUGCAAUGUAUGAUCUCUUUGACUCACCCAUAGUGUAUGAUUUAGUCAUUUACUUAUACUUAUUUGGUAUUGUUCUAAUGCAAUUUUUCCCCUUUUUUAAGAAUAACGAAUUUAGAUUUAAGAAUCUUUCUCUAGAUGCAUGAAUUUUCCUACGUGGGAAAAUGUGUACCUGCUCAAUAGUUGACGUGCUGCUCAUUCACCUGGGUUAGUUAUUAUCAUGUACUAAUUAACAUAAGGAGGUAAUGGACAGAUUUGAUGAUGGAGAGAGAGAGAGAGAGAGAGAGAGAGAGAGAGAGAGAGAGAGAGAGAGAGAGAGAGAGAGAGAGAGAGAGAGAGAGAGAGAGAGAGAGGAAAGAAAA